AUGGUAACUAAAAUGCAACGAUCAUCUGAUCCCAUUGACAAAUACAUUAAAGAACAUUCAUUACGUUUAACAUCUGAACAAAAUGAAAUCAUUGAGUAUACAAAUUCAUUACCAGGAAAUAUAUCUAGAAUGCUCGGUUCUUUUGAUGAGGCACAAUUUUUUCAAGUUAUUAUUCAACUUAUGGGAUGCAAACGAUGCAUCGAAGUUGGAACAUUCACUGGUUAUACAGCAUUAACAAUUGCAUUAGCCCUUCCAUCAGAUGGUCAAUUAAUUGCAUGUGAUAUUACUGAUCAAUA